AUGGAAAAGUGUACGGCUCAGUUUCUUAUUAAACUUCAAGCACAUUCAAAGAUACCAAAGGUAAGUUUUCCUAGUCCUGAACUUAAAGAAACUUGAUUAAAUCAUUGCACCCAAAUGAUAAUUAAAUUGGGGGUGUGCGGUACCCUGGCACCGCCACUAAUUCAAACCUUGCUACAAGGCUCACAACUUUACAUCUGACCUCACACCUUCCUUGUUCUUCCAUAUCCAACAAUUGGUCCAUGCAUGGUCCCGGAUCAUGUCAUGAUAUUAAAUGUUUUUAUGAAUGCAGGCAUGCAAAAAAAGUUAUCAACUCCUGCAUCUUAGUUCUUAUGACAACAUUUGUUAUUCUCUCUUAAAAGGUUGCCGUCAAUAACAUCGUGGAAGGUACCAGUAUUUUAAUAAAUCAAGUGAAAGAACAUUUAAAGCAGAAAGUGAUUAGCUAUAUAAAUGAAAGCGAUGAAGAUUUCACCACAGAAUCUGUAGAACAAAUUUUUGAUAACUUUGAAGACCCAUUGAUAAAUCUAAAAACAAGUUACAGGCAAUCAUCAGUCAUUGAAAAUAACCCUAAUUUUGUCCAACCACUUCAGUAUGUACUUGCCACCAGGGCUGCAUACAAAAACAAGGGCCCAAAACGUCAACUAUGUGAGAAGGAUGAUACUUUAAUUUAUAUUCCUAUACUAGACAGUAUUCAACAACUUUUUUUCUAAUUCAAGUAUAGCAGAUAUCAUAACCAGUCAUCCAUCGUAUUGCAGAGAAGGGAUCCUGUAUGAUAUCUGUGAUGGUCAGUGUUUUAAAAACAAUCCCAUCUUUCAGGAGCAUCCAAAUGCACUACAAAUAGUACUUUAUCAUGACGAAGUGGAAAUCUGUAACCCAUUGGGAAGUCACGUUGGUAAACAUAAAAUUGACUUGUAUUAUUAUACUCUCGGCAACAUCAGUCCAAAACAUCGAUCGAAACUUCGUGCAAUUCGACUGCUCGCUAUUGUAAAGGCAAAAGAUGUGUCUAAAUAUGGUCAAAAGAAAAUCCUUACUCCUAUUUUAAAUGAUCUUCAAAGACUAGCAAAUGGAUACACAUUCAUCAUAAACGGAACGCCGAUUGAGUUAUUUGGAGCUGUUGUAAGUUGUUUGGGUGAUACAGAAGGGCAACAUCAGUGGGGCUGCUUCAAAGUGAAAGUUGGUUGGGCUCAUCAGAAGUGCCGAAAUUGUUUAUGCACCUUUGUUAACAUGCAACAAAACUUCAGGGAUAGCCAGUUUACACAAAGGAGUGUGGAGCAAUACCAUCGGCAGUGCGACGAUAUUGAAAGAGGACCAAAUGAUGAAAUUAUGAAAGACUUGUAA